UGUAUACAAAGGGGUGAAAGUGGAGAGGUGAUGUGUACAUCUGACUAUAAAAGAGACUUUAUUUAGAAAAAAAGGUGGAGUCUGGCAGUGUAUCACCCAUUGUAACACAGCUGUGACAAGUAAAUUACAACUGGUGCAGUGUGUUUUCUAUGGAUUAAAAAUACAAUAAAAUCUUCCACUGUUAUUUCAUAAAAGGUGUCAACGUAAUGUAAUAGGUGUUGGAAUAAAUGUACCCAAAAGAUCAAUCUUUGUGUUCAAUACUAGGUUAUGAAAAUAAUAUCUUUGACAAUCUUACUUCGGAUGAGAAGUUGUUGCUGGAUCAAAUACGUGAAAGAAAAGUACAACUUCUUCAAGAAAUACAGCAACUGAAAGAUGAGAUAGCAGAAGUUACCAAUGAAAUGGAGCAGAUGGACGAUGGGUCUGAGGAAAGUAAGAACAAUCCGAAGACCAAGCAGAUCAGUAUUGGCAAGAAGAAGUUUAACAUGGACCCGAAAAAGGGUAUUGAAUACCUGAUAGAGCAUCAGUUACUCCAGAAUACACCAGAAGAUGUUGCCCAGUUCCUAUAUGCUGGUGAAGGACUCAACAAAACAGCCAUUGGUGACUAUCUUGGGGAAAAGUCUGACUUCAACAUUGCUGUACUGAAGGCAUUUGUGAAUCUACAUGAAUUCUCGGACAUGAUACUUGUUCAAGCUCUCAGGCAGUUUCUGUGGAGUUUUAGACUACCAGGAGAGGCUCAGAAGAUUGACAGAAUGAUGGAGUGCUUCGCUGAGAGAUACUGUGUCCUCAAUCCAGGAGUCUUCACUAGCUCAGAUACAUGCUAUGUGCUCUCCUUUGCCAUAAUUAUGUUGAACACAAGUUUGCACAACCCGAGUGUGAAGGACAAACCAACAGUGGAGAGAUUUAUCACAAUGAAUCGUGGGAUCAAUGAUGGCGGAGAUCUGCCUCCAGAUCUUCUUACAAGCCUGUAUGAGAGUAUAAAGAAAGAGCCAUUUAAGAUCCCGGAGGAUGAUGGCAAUGAUCUGAUGCAUACGUUCUUUAACCCAGACAAGGAGGGCUGGCUCUGGAAACAAGGGGUUACUAAGUUUGGUGGUCGUUACAAGAACUGGAAGAGGAGGUGGUUUAUACUGAAUGACAACUGUCUAUAUUACUUCCAGUUCACAACUGACAAGGAACCAAAGGGUAUUAUACCUUUGGAAAAUAUUCAGGUACGAAUGUCCAACGAGAAAUCAAACAAACCACAUUGUUUUGAGCUGUAUGCCACCACUAACGAAAUAAUCAAGGCAUGUAAGGUGGAUAAAGAAGGCAAAGUUGUAGAAGGCAAGCACAAUGUGUACAAGAUGUCAGCAGCUACAGCAGAUGAGAAAGAUGAAUGGAUCAAGUGUAUAAAGUCUUGUAUUAGUGAGAACCCAUUCUAUGACAUGCUGAAUGCCAGGAGGAAGAAAGCUGCUCAAGCUAAAUAAGCUUCUAGAGAUCCAGAUUUGAUCAAGAGUCUGCAAGAAGCUUGUAAACCAAGCUUCUAUCCAACACCAGACCAUAAAUUUUAGACUUGUGUACCAAUACAUUUAUAGACUUGACUUUUCACAACUUCAUUGGUGUGGUCACAAAAUGAGAAUGAAAUUAUUUUGGUUUAGCGACACUUUUGAACUGAAUCAGAAUUACCACCAAAACAGUAUUGAGAGUAAGAAUUGCGUGUUGCAUUACUUAUGUUCAUUUAAUAACACAUGUCAUACUACUGUGUCUAUAUAAACAAUAUCAAAACACGUUUCUGUGAAAUGUGCAUCAUGCAUCAUGAAAUUAUAUUUAUCUGGUGAAUGUGGCUCUCUACUGAUGUAAAAGUGAUAACUUAUGUGUCAGUAAAAGAUAAACGUUUUAAAUUGUUUCCUUGUGAGAUUUUACAUUACAACGUUGCAAAGUGACUUGAUAACCUUAUUAUAUUAGGGUAAUGAUAAAAUGUGUAAUAUUUACUUGUAUGCCAGUAAAAACUAGUGUGGGUAUUUGAAAUUUUUAAUACUGUGAUAUGUAAGUGUAAUCAUGAUUUGAUGGUGUGAGUUGUCUCCCCUGUGUAGGAAGAUUUGCUGUAUAUAGUGUAAAUGACUGUACUGAUUUCAUUUGUAACGGAAACUAUUUUCAAUUUUUCUUAACAUAUAUAUUUUAUUAUGUUUUGCUGGAAUUUAGAUUUGAGUUAAGGGUCUUAGUAUGAGUUAUAAAAGCUUCUGUUUGGAAAAGAUUUUUUUAUUUUAAAGAAUCUACAUGUAUUUAUAACAAUUAUUUUAUGAUUAUGAAUGCUUUUAAUGUUUGAGUCAUACAAUUACUUUUACAGAAUUACCUAAUUACUUUGAUUUUUCAUAAUUUAAAUGAACUGGUUUUCUUUUCAUUACUUAUAUUUUCAUUUUGAAAUUCAAUAUAACAAAAUGUGAUUGUAUAAGUAUCAGGUUGUAAAUGUCAGUAUAUUUUUAUGUCAUGACAAACGAGUGCUAUGUUUUUCUGUAUAUGAUAUCAUAGCACAACAAUUGGAAUGAGUAUGAUGUUUAGUCAUAUACUUUGUUAUACAACAUGUCAGAAAUAAUUAAAAAAUUCAUGAUAUUGUUACUAUUAAUAGAAAAAUGAGUGCAAGCCACAAGAUUAUGAUAUUUUGCAAGGAAUAUUAAUUGUGUAUAUUGUAAAAAAAAUUCAGGGAGAAAGUAAUAUUAAUUUUUUGUUGGGCAAGAAUUAGUUACCAUCCAUUUAUAGUAAGAUAUUAUUAUUUUUAGUUUUUCCAUUAUUAAAGACUUUUGAAAUAACUUCACUUUAGGGUUGAUAUAUGAAAUUAGAAGAAAACAAUAUCGUUUUUAGUUACAAACAAUUCCACUGUGUAUGUGAUUGGUAAAAGCAAAAAAGCUACUACUAUAUAAAUCUUAGUUUGUUUUAAGAAAACUAUAACAAGUGAAGUCGGAAAUUCUGUACAUUAUUCAAGGGCAGUAUAUUUUACCUGGGCAGUUUGCUUAAAUAAUUUCUCCUUUACCAGAGAUUAAUGUUGACAAGUUAGCAGUCAACUUUGUUGGUUCAAAAUUCGAAUAUAGACAUUGUAAUAUUCAUUGACUUGAUAACGGUUCAAAACCUUAUAUGAUGUUUGUUUGUUGGGGUUUUUUUCUCAUAAAGCAAGUUAUAGUAAAUUUUGCUUGUUAUCUUGUUAAAAGAUUCUGAAUUUUUCAUUUUAUAUUCAUCAAUUUUUGUUAUUUUCCUUCAUCAUGAACACUUACAUUCAUUAUUUUAUCAUGAGUCCUUCACAGAAAGUUAUAUGUUAUAAAGGAGGAAUAUAAAUAUUGUAUAUUUUUGUAAAUAAGUCAUAAUAAUAAAGUUAAAACCAGUCAUUUGUACAUAAUGUUCAUUUGUGUAUUGUGAUCAUCUUUUUAAACAAUCAUUUUACCCCAUAUUAUGCUUGCAUCUUUUUUCUCCUUCUGGUGACAGAUUUUUUUCUCUCUUGAGAUUAAAUUAAUUUUGCGUUGACUCAGGUAUUCUCCUUAAACUUCUUUUUCUGUUCUGUGUUCAAAUGAUAAUUUUCAAGUCAUAAGAUGAAAUAUAAUGCAUGGAUUUACGCAGCAACGAAUCUAGUUCACAUUAUAGAGAACAAAACCUUUGGGUGUAAAUUGAAGUAGUAAAUAUGGUUUCAAACAAGUCUGUUUAGUACAAAAAAAUGUAUGGAUGAGCUUUGAAUUUAGAUAAUUAUGAUUUUUUGUGUUAAAUAAUGAUGAACAUGCAUUCUGAAAAAUGAAAAUUAUUCAAUAAGAAAAACUGAUGCUAAUUUUGCUUUCAAUGAGGCAUGGUUUUAUUUCAGAUGUGCAGUAAAAUAGUAAAAAUAAUCUGAUUAAUUAAAUUAUAAAUUAAAAGCAUCCUAAUAAUAAAGUUUAUAAUUUUAAGAUAGUAUAAAAAAAUGAUUAUAAAAUCUACAUUGUACAAUGCUUAUGAUAAAGGAGAAUCAAUGAAGAUAUGUUGAACUACAUUCAACAGUGACAUUAUUAAUCUAAUUGUGAUGUCUUUAAUGAAGUCAUAAUGAUAGUAUAAAUUUACUCGCACAAGAGUUCAGUCUUGAAUUGAUUAUGAAAUAGUGCAAACCAUAUUAGAAUAAAAAAAUAUAAGCAUGUCUCUAACUUAAGUAAUCAUAUGUUAAAAUAUUUGAUGUAAUAAAAAACAACUUGAUUUUUAUGUACAACAUUAGUGCAGGUUGAAAAAAAAAUCAAAUUUAUAAGGACUGAGGUAUUAUUCAAAAAUAAAAUCACCAAAAAUUUACAUGGUGAAUUUAUUAAGGUUGCAUUCAAAAUUCAUCUAAACUUCCUUCUUGAUUGUGUUUCUUAAGAUUUUUGUGUGUGAAUUUUGAUGGAUUAAAGGGAGACUAUUUGCAGUAUGCAUUAACUCACUGCAUGGUAUACUGGUAGCACAUUUUCUUUUCUUGUCUCAAAUAAAACUAAUGAAUUGAAUGAAAAAACAAAGUCUU